GCAUAAAUAAGAAGGACAUGGACCAUGGUUCAGGACCACUCUCCUGGGACUCCGGCUUCUUGACUUCUGCCCCUCGCACCUCCAUCACAAACCUGCAUCAUGGCUGGAGAAUUCUCUGCUGACCAGAUUGAGGACUUCAAAGAGGCUUUUGGUCUCUUUGACAGAGUUGGAGACAACAAGGUGGCUUACAACCAGAUUGCCGACAUCAUGCGCGCCCUGGGUCAGAACCCCACCAACAAAGACGUCAAGAAGAUCCUAGGCGACCCAUCUGCUGACGAUAUGGCCAACAAAAGAAUCGACUUUGACACUUUCAUGCCAAUGAUGAAGACUGUUGACGCCAACCAGAAGGGUACUCACGAUGACUACGUUGAGGGUCUGCGCGUCUUCGACAAAGAGGGCAACGGCACAGUCAUGGGCGCUGAGCUGCGCAUUGUGCUGUCCACACUGGGAGAGAAGAUGUCUGAGCCUGAGAUUGAUGCUCUCAUGCAGGGACAGGAGGAUGAGAACGGCAAUGUCAACUACGAGACUUUCGUGAAGCACGUCAUGUCUGUGUAAGAGUCCGUCUGUUGUGGGAGUGGUGAGGAAAGCUAAAUUACAUCCGCAGACCCCAUGGUGUCGGGACAUCCAUUCUGUUAUGAAGACCAAUCAAUAAAAAGGACUUUGGGGUGUCACUUCUGAACCAUUCUGUUUUUCCUUGUCCUCGUUUUAUUUUCUUGCCUACCCUCUUUUUGGAAGUUACAUCCUCAUGCAGUCGAUCCUCAGCCUUCUUGGUCCACCCGGGGCGACUGUCCACAGCGGGAUGGAGACCGGGGAAGAAGAAAAUGGCCACUCAUGAAGUGAGGGUUUGUUUCUUCUUUCGCCACCCAUCCAGGGUCACAAUAACACCUCCAGCUAUGUGUUAAAGGCACAUGACAUUGCUGUGGUCAGUUCGCCGUUAUCCCCCAUCCCCAUUUUCACACAGUCAUUUCACAAUAAACUUUUUUCCAAAAGUA